AUGGAGCCCAAGUGGUUUUGGGAUUAUCGUUAUGGAAGAGUUGGUUAUGAAGAAGGUGAAUUAUCAAUAAAGAAAGAUGAUGAGUUUGUGAGGGACUUGCUUCAGGUAAGUAUUUACAAAGCUAACACAAAAGGAAAAUGUUGAAUUUUUUCUUGAUAGGUUGAUUGGUUAAUAAUUAUGUUAGUAAUUAUGUAAUUUAUUAAAAGAUACGCAGCAAAACAAACAAGGCAGCAAAGUUUAUAUAAGUGAAAUUGACGAUUUAAGACUACCGAAGGCGAAGCUAAUAAACAAACAAUCAAAGAAAUAUCUGAAACGAAACAAAGAAAGACAUCGGGCAGAAAAAGUGGAGUUUGGUUGGUUCUUUCCUGUGCUUUCAGGGUUUUUCUCCUAGUCCUCCGAUUUUUCUUCCUCGCCAAAACUAUGUACACACCUAACUGAAAAUCUCACGACUUGUCAACAAGGUGUGUUUGCAACAGGCUUGCAGCAAACUUGUCAACAAGUGUUACAAUAAUGCUGUUAUUUUAUCAAGUUGCUACAAGGUUGUUAUGCACUCACAACUUGUUGACAAAUUGUUGAAUUGCAGGACGAUAGCAAGUUGUUGCAACAAUUGUAACAAGCCUGUUGAGCUCAGCAACCUUGUAGCAAGUUGUCAACAAGCCGUUGACAACUUGUCAACAGGCAGGGACAAGCAGUGCGAACACCUGUUGACAAGUCGUUGGAACAGCAUUGAAUUGCAGGACGAUAGCAAGUUGUUGCAACAAUUGUAACAAGCCUGUUGAGCUCAGCAACCUUGUAGCAAGUUGUCAACAAGCCGUUGACAACUUGUCAACAGGCAGGGACAAGCAGUGCGAACACCUGUUGACAAGUCGUUGGAACAGCAUUGCUGCAAGUCUGCAGCUGCAGGUUUGUUACAACUUGUACCCUAGCCUUAGCCCUACAAUCCAGGCCAAAACUCAUGUGGACUGCACUUAAUCAACUUUUGCAAAAAUCAUAACAAACAGCUAAAACUUGAAUUUACAAGCAUAUCCCCCACUCUCUAUUGUUGCAUAUCUACAUUUCUUAUUUGAUGAAAAAUCCCAUUCAACAUUGGAUUGGGGGACCGGGGGGGAUUAUUUAGAAAAAACGCCAUUCGAGGCCAAUGUCAAUCUCGUGCCCAGAGCCAUCGACGAUGGCUCUGGGUACGAGAUUGGGCCAAUAUCUGUAAGUCUUAGUUGUCAAGCAUGCGUGCGUUCAUCCUCGGUCCCAGGGCCUCACGGCUGACACAUCGAGGAUGGCGUGCGUCAUGAGCCCUAUAAUUCGGGUGAAUUUGGCUACCACAACCUGUAUAAUCGACCUCACAGUCGUGGUAAUAAAAGUGUUUUCGAAAUAUUUUACCGAUUCAUUUGUUUAUAUGAACCAAUCACCUUUGGUUUUGGUACUAUUGACCAAUCAUAAAGAGGCAGGAAAUUAGCAGAAAUUAUCAAAGCAGGAAAUUUCAAAUAAGUGGUCAUUCGACUCAAUUUGUUUGUGUGAGCAAAUGAAUUGCUAGAAUAUUUUAGGGAUACCUCCAUUGGCACUACUGUAAAUAAUCAAUGAUUAUCGUUAUCAAUCUUUUUUCUUUUUGUGCAUUUGAUGACUACAGACGUACGCCUUCAAGUCACUCUUUUUCUACACAAAGCUAUUCUCAACCAACAAAGAAAUGUGGGACGCAGGUAACCUGUCAGGAACUCUAAUGGAAUGUCUAGAGGUUCUCUUUAAUCUCUACAGUAUACCAAAUGCAACUGUACCAAAUUUCUUUUUCGAUGGAUACACCGGCCAAAACCCAGAAGAAGAUAAACGAAAGAAGAUUUUGAUGGGAUUGCUAAAGAUUGUCACUUAUCUUGAAAGUGCUAUAAAUUUAAACUCAUAG